AUGGCGCGCUCAGAGCUGGCAGCGUACAUGAUGAUCAUCGCACAAUCGACGCCGGGCGCGGCCAGCUUCAUGUAUGUGCGCUCCGACACUGAGGAGGAAAUGGCGGACGAGGAGUUAACUGAAAUCAUGGUAGACAUGGAGUCUGGAGAACUGAUGAAAGACUGGAUAGAAGAUUGGCCAGAUGAUGAAAAUUCAGAUCAUGGAGAUCGGUCAGAUAAUGGGAACGAAUGGGACGAUCUUAAUAUCGAUGAGCUUGAUGAUGAUCAGGAAAACAACUCGGAGCUCUCGAAUGAAGAUUACAUUAGUCAGCUCAUUUCCGAAUGUCAUAAUGCGUAUGACUAUUACGGUGAAUCCGACGCGGAGACAGGCCUUAACGACGAAUCAUUAGAUGCACCUGAUUCUGGGGAGUCGCAGUCGUCGGUCAUCAUGAGUGAGGUGACACAAGAUGAUGGGGCAAAGAAUGUCCAAGAUACUGCCAGUGCAGAUGAUAAGAGGGAUAUGUUCAUGCAGAUAAUGGAAAUGACCUUUACGUCUCACGAUGCUGCGUAUGAUUUCUACAACAGCUAUGCUAGAGAUAAUGGUUUCAACAUUAGAAAGAAUAAGGUCAUACAAGGGAAACGUGACAGCAAGUUGCUAACCGAGGAAGGACACAGCCAUAGGCUCAGAGCCGAGACACGCUGCUUUUGCGAAGCGCACCUAACCGUCAAGCUUGACCAAAAGCAUGGGGUUUGGUAUGUUGAAAGUUUUGAGGACAAGCAUAGCCAUAUGUUGGCAGGACCGGACGAGGUACCUUUUCUUUGGUCCCACAGAAAAAUCAAAGAGUACGAGAAGCAUGAGAUAAUGUCCAUGGAAGCUGCAUGGAUUAGAAUUCACGACAUGAUGGAUUCCUUCAUCAGCAAACAUGUAUGGUACGGCGGUGUUGGUUUUACCAGGCGUGAAAUAUACAACCUUUGCGCUAGGGAGAAGAGGAAGCUACUUUCAAAAGGUGAUGCUGCCACAGCCAUAGGCAUCAUGGCCAGUAGAAAACAGAGGGAUCCUAGCUUCUUUUUCGAGUACAAGCUAGAUAAGGAAGGACAUUUGAAUAGGAUGUUCUGGUGCGACUCCCAGUCUCAUCAUGACUAUGACGACUUCGGCGAUGUGCUUGUAUUUGACAGCACGUACAAGAUGAACCGCUAUGGUAUGCCAUUCAUACCUUUUGUUGGUCUUAACAAUCACCGAAGGACCACUGUUUUUGGUUGUGCCAUAGUUUCGGACGAGACCGCAGAGACAUACGUGUGGCUGCUGCAGACUUUUUUGAGGUCCAUGUGUCAAAAGAUGCCGAAGAGUGUAAUCAUGGACGCCGACGCUGCGAUGAUCAAGGCAAUUCGCUAA